AUGACCAAAGUUACUGCAAAAAACAUAAUUCCACGAGGCGUAAAUGGACGUAGAAACAAUAGAAAACAAAUAUUAUUGAGAAGCGGAAUAUGCUAUUCUCGUACUAAAGAGAAUAAAAAUGUAGUCGUUACGAACGUUAUUGUUUCUACGGGACAACCAGCUGUAAUUCCAGACCGCGUAAGCCAGGGCGUAAGUGGACACAGCUGCGGCUUCCGCGUGCGCUUUGCUAGCGAUGGUGUAUUUUGCCUGCCCUUCGUUAGCAAUCAAUUAAAAAAGAAAAUAAUACGUAUAAAGUCGAUUCUAAAGACGUCCAGUAAGUACAAACAAGAAAGUUACGUACGUCCAGUUCCUGGUGUACCUGAACCAGAGCCAAAACAGACGAUAGCGCUGCGAAAAUAUUUGGAAUCGCUUUGUUUAAACGAACAAGUAUUAAGUCGUGAGCUAUUGCUUCGUCUCGGGACGUAUAUGUUAGAUUGUUUUGUUUCUCAAGGAUGGUGUCGCCCUUUUAUUAAUCCUGUACCCGAAUCGGCUCGGAAUUAUCAUCUUCGCAUCGCACGUCCGAUGGAUUUAAUAACAGUUGAACAUAAACUUUGGGCAGGAGAAUACGAUUGUGCAGUUUCAAAAUUCUAUGUUGAUUUAGCACAGAUUAUUUAUAAUGCAUUCAAAUUCCAUGAAAAAGAUUCCGUAAUAUUCAAAGAAGCAGAUUCGAUGCUUACGUGUUUUGUCAAUUUAACAACGAAAUUUUCGAAACCACCACAUGAUAUAAAUAAAUUGAACUUCGCACUUGCUCAGAUUGGUGCUAAACUCCCUCAUGAAGAAUUUGGUGAUGUUUGUAAAGUAGUACCAAAUAUUAAUAUUAAGAGUAAAAUAUACAUAGUACCUUUGUAUUCGUUCCUCCAAGUUACAAGGAGUGGUAGUAACGUUGCAAAACUUCCCUAUGCUGCCGCUGAACGUUUAGAUCCGAUGUCAAGUUCUCUUUUUGACACAUUCGAACGUGAAAGUCUCCCUCCGGUUAAAUUUCAACCAACAGAAACGCAUUGCAACUUUGCGCGUCUAUACAUCACCAAGGGUUCAAAGAAUAUUAAAAAAUGUAGAGAUGAACGCAAUGCAAUUCUCGUAAUUGUGAAGGAUGUUUCUUAUGAAGCCAGUGAGAAUCGAUUGCGAUGUAAUGUGAUCACUUCAAAACCAUUUGGCGAGCUACGUGAUCUCGACACGUUCGAAUUAUCAGAUGCACGAUAUUGGACCCGAGUUGCCUUACUUGAUAAAAAGGCACUCGAUCUUAAAGUUGGGCCAAAAUUCUUUAAAGAAUACUUACGAGAACCUUUUAAGGUUUCGGAAUAUGAACAACAGCGGGACAAUAAAAAUUUUUUGAAAGCUAUGAAUCUAUCUCUUAUACACAUCUAG